CCCCAUUCCCUUUCUUUCCCAUAUAUACAUAAAACCUUCCCCUUUCCUUCAUACAAUAACAAGAAAGCAAAACCUAGACAUACUUAAAUAGAAACUUUCCCAUAAUACCUUGCUCCAUACAUAUACAUAUUCUUGUUUCUUGUUUCUUGCAAGUUUUCUUUCUUGCUUUUCUUUGAAAUGAAUAAUCCAACAGGUAGGGUUUCUUGAAACAAAAUUAUAAUUCGGUGCUUAACAAAAAUUAAUUUCAAGAAAACUCGUAUAAAUACAAGAGUGCAAAAAUGGGGAGAGGUAGGAUUCAACUGAAGCGGAUCGAGAAUAAGAUUAGCAGACAAGUCACUUUCUCUAAAAGAAGAACUGGUCUGCUGAAGAAAGCUCAUGAGAUCUCAGUUCUUUGCGAUGCUGAAGUUGCUUUAAUUGUUUUCUCUACAAAAGGAAAGCUUUUUGAGUACUCUACUGAUUCAAGCAUGGAAAGGAUCCUGGAAAGAUACGAGAGAUAUUCAUUUUCAGAAAGAGCUCCAAAUGACACUGAAUCACAGGAAAAUUGGCCAGUGGAAUGCCCCAAGCUCAAGGCUAGAAUUGGGAUCUUGGAGAGAAGCCUAAGGAACCUUGCAGGAGAAGAUUUGGAUUCCAUGACUCUAAGAGAGCUUCAACACUUAGAGCACCAGAUUGAUAAUGCACUUAAGCGUGUACGAUCAAGAAAGAACCAACUCUAUCAUGAUUCCCUUUUAGAGCUGCAGAAGCAGGAAAGAUCGUUGCAUGACCAAAACAACUUGCUAAGCAAACAGCUGGAGGAAAACCAAAAGAAAUUGGCUGAAGAUGCACAGUGGGAGCAACAAAAUCUUGGCCAGAACUCAUCCUCCUUCAUGCCUCCACCACCUCCUCCGCCGCCGCCACAGCCACCAAUGCUAUCUUUUCCGCCUCAAGGGAAUCAUGCCAAUCUCCAGACAAGAGAAUUCAUGAAUGAAAAUGAGGAGGCAAUAGCUCAAACUCAGGCUAACAUGCCGCCAUGGAUGCUUGGCCAUGUCAAUGACUAGAAAAUUGCUAAUCAAUUUUAUCACUUGGAUCAUUAUCACUUCAUUUCUUUUGCCAUUUACGUAUUACUACAAAACUAUGAACAAUGUACUUGUCCUUGUGCCCUAAUUGGUAUCCAUUCACUCUAGUAUUAAUCAAA